UUAAGCCACUUAAAAUGGAGACAAUCCAUAAUCCCAUGAAUCUAUCUCGUUGCCUAAGCAUGUGGUAAGUGAAGGAGGAUAUGACAACAGAGCCUAAACAACCGACUGCUGUGGCGCAAACAGAGAGCCAACUUGAAAAACUGCUUCUAACCUUAAACUGGUUUUUAUGUAACGUUGGUCCAGUGAAUCCGCGAACCAUUAGGCCAUGAUGGCGUGUGUGGGAGGCAAUUGAAACAACGUUGGCAAUUACGAUCACUAUGAUGUAUAGAGGAAAGAUCCAUGUAACUCUAAAUAUCCCAACAGGAAAACAAAAGAAAGCGCCAACCACAGUUGCAACUGCUGCAAUGAGUUGUUGGUUUGUUCCACGGUCAAAGUUGGUGGAAACAAAAGCCAAAAUAGGAGCAGCUAAAACCAAGCCUGUACUCCAAGAAAUUGAAGUCCAUUCUAAUGGCGAGAAUUUGAGAUCAUUAACGAACACUGAUCGUUGUGUUAACCUUGCAUAACUGUAAAUAAUCAAACAAUGAGAAUAUUUCAACAGGUAUGAAUAAUGUUAUAUAAGCGAUAUUAAAAGAGAUACGAGUACUUACAGUUUCAUUUCCUCGACCCUACAAGGCAAACCGAGAGAAUUUCGAGUCCAACCGCUAGUAGGUUCUGGUGGUGAUUGAGAAGGAAUUUCACUGAUAAGGAGAGGGAAGACAAUGGGAAUAAGAGCAGAAGGGAUCAAAUAAGUGCAAAAUUCGUACAAAUACCAAAUCCAAACUUCCCAUCUUGAAGGUUUCUCGACAGUUCUUGAAUAAGUAGUGUAGGCCUCAUUAGCUCUCUCAAGUUUCAUGGCAGUGUUGUGGAUGUCCGGUGUUUCCAUGUCUUUUGAUAUCUUUAUAUGUUACUGGUUUUUGAAUGUGAUGAUGAAGAUUUAAAGGCAAAUUUGCAGAGAUGAAGCGAAGGUUACAAGACGAAGACAGACCUCGAUUUGUUCAUUUAUACAUUAACAUAGAUGGGAUAUUAGCAUCAUUCUUCAUUUUCUGUCUUUAUCUUCUAUGUGACACCGUGUUUUUAUUAUUAAUUAAAACCUAAUAAAAUAAUAUUAUAAAAAUUUGAAUGACAAUCCAUUGAUUCGAUCUCUACAAACGGGGAUUGGAGAUAACCAGCAGUAAAACACAAAUCAAAUGCAAUUACGGAGCAGAGCAAGGUGAAGAUGGUGUUCUUCUCUUAUCCACCCACGCCGAAGCAACUGGCUCUAUCGAUCGGAUUCUUUCUCACUGGCGCCUCCUUCUUCGUCGCCGGAGCCUAUCUAUCGCUCAACAACAUCGCUCCACAGCAAGCUCGCGUCAAGGCCCGUAGUGACUACGUCAAGGACCGCUUGAGAAAAUGGCUAGACAGUUAAUCGUCAAGAAACAUCUUCGGCUUCUGAUUACCAGAGAGAAUUUCCCUGCUCGCUCUCUCUCUCUCUGUUUCUUUACUCUCUUCCAGAGAGAAAAUGGCGAGGGUGAAAAAAUCCAAUCAUCAAAUGGAGGCACUGCAACAAAGAGCAUCCAAAGCAGAGAAUGCGGA